GUUUAAUUCAGCCAUCAAGCAGAGGAAAUUAACAGCUAAUAGUUAUUUACAAAGCACAGUAGUGAUCCAAUUGUAAGUGGCAAGAACGGGGCUGAUUCACUUCCACGUGCCGGUUCUCCAUUUCUCUAUCCCUAAGACAGGCGCCCGGUUUGCCGCAAAAGGACAAAUUGAGAAGAAUGAAAACAAGACGGGUUGGGUUUUGCUUUUAUUCCUCGGUGCAGCAUUUUAUGAGAUUGUUUACUAGGAUGUGAGGUGCGACCGCGUGGCAAUGCAGCGAGGGCUGCAGCGUUGGCCCAUGUCCAGCCUGCGAUGGCAUUCAUCAAUAUUCUUCUUAUAUUCUUUCUUCCGUUCCCCCAAGUCCUUCUACCGGGGCUAUCUGGGUGGGACAUCGUCUCGUCCACUCUCGAUCCAGAUCGUCUGCAGGAGAUGCAUCCUAACACCCAGCUUAGUCAAGUCCCAGCUAGUGAGGUCCUCCGAGUUCGAUGAAUAA